GCGUUGUGGUGACGACCAGAUCCAUCCCCUUCUCGCUGGAUCCACUCCACACUCUCUUGCCCACUGCUUGCCGUCGUCUCGUUGUGCGCCUGUCGCCGGCGUCCGAGCUUCCCCCGUCCGCGGUGCACCGUGCACGGCCUCUCGAUCCCGCUAGGGUUCACAUCCACGACGCGCGCAGAGAAGGGAAUACGAUUCUACUGUUCAUUGUCACUGCGCUUGAUCCAUAUCGCCAACAAAGCGAACCAACUCUGAGUCUGAGCUGCUACUACCGAAGAAAGGUCCCCGUGGGCACGGCCGAUUUGUAGCUGCGUUCAGUGUAACCAUGCUUCUUUGACUUACUUGGAUUAAUUCUCUUUCUGGGGAAUCUAUCUGAAUCUAGCUAGCUAUUUACUGUCAGUUUAUUCGACGACCUCGAUCCAAGCAUGGUGAAUAAAAAUCCCCCUAGGUUGUAGGUUGAUGACGGAAAUCUAGCUAGCUGUUUACUGUCAGUUUAUUCCACAAUCUCCAAGCAGGUAUCCCCGAAGAAGGGUGUAGAGUGUAGACUGAAGAUGCAAAUCUAGUUGCUUAUUACUGUCAGUGCAUUUAAUUAGGUGGCCUGCCAUCCACACAGAAUUGUCAUGGAGGCAGCUCUUGUGAGUGUGGCGACGGGAGUACUGAAGCCCGUCCUGGGGAAGCUGGCCGCUCUGCUCGGCGACGAGUACAAGCGUUUCAAGGGAGUUCGCAAGGACAUCAGGUUCCUCAUGGAUGAACUUGAGGCCAUGCACGCGUUUCUCCUCAAAAUGUCAGAGGACGAGGAUCCUGAUGUGCAAGACAAAGUUUGGGCGGCGGCGGUGAGGGAGCUCUCCUACGACAUGGAGGACACCAUCGACGAUUUCAUGCAAAACGUUGAUGACAAAGACGCUAAGCCAGAUGGCUUCAUUGAGAAAAUCAAGCACUCGCUAGGGAAGUUGGGGAAGAUGAAGACUCGCCAUCGGAUUGGCAGCGAGAUCCACGAUAUGAAGAAGCUAGUCAUCGAGGUGGCCGAUAGGAAUGCAAGGUAUAGGACUGGUGUGACUAUCUCCAACUCCAAGAAUGCAGCCGUUGACCCUCGAGCUCUUGCUAUCUUCGAGCAUGCCUCCAAGCUUGUGGGAAUUGAUGAACCCAAGGCGGAGAUAAUCAAAAUGUUGGCUGAACGUGCGUCAACAGACGAGCAACCCAAGCUGGUCUCCAUCGUAGGAUCUGGAGGAAUGGGCAAGACAACUCUUGCAAACCAAGUGUAUCAAGAGCUCAAAGAGAAAUUCGAGUGCAAGGCUUUUGUAUCGGUGUCGCGAAAUCCAGACAUAAUGAAUAUCUUGAGAACCAUUCUCGCUGAAGUUAGCCAAGGUUGUACUAACACUGAAGCAGGGAGCAUACAACAACUGAUAAGCAAGAUUAAUGAUUGCCUAGCAAAUAAAAGGUGUUUCGUUGUUGUUGAUGAUAUAUGGGAUGAGGAUGCUUGGAAUGUUAUUAAGUUUGCAUUCCCAAUGAGUAGCUCUGGAAGUAUCAUAAUCACCACUACUCGUAUAAAUGAUGUUGCCAAAUCAUGUUGUUCAUCAUUCAAUGGUGCCAUUUAUACUAUCAGACCUCUUAAUCCGAUGCAUUCAAAAGAACUAUUUCACCGAAGACUAUUCGAGUCCAAAGAACAGUUCCCUUCACUCCUGGAAAAGGUUUCUUAUGAAAUUUUGAAAAAAUGUGAUGGCUUACCUCUAGCAAUCAUUGCUAUAUCUGGUCUGUUGGCUAACAAAGAGAGAACAGAGGAUCUAUGGAAUCAGGUGAAAGAUUCAAUUGGCCAUGCAUUGGAAAGAAAUCCUACUGUGAAAGGAAUGAUGAAGAUAUUGUCACUGAGCUACUUUGAUCUGCCUCCUCAUCUAAAAAGUUGCCUCUUGUACAUGAGUAUAUUUUCGGAAGAUUCUAUUAUCAAGAGGCAGUGUCUGAUAAGGAGAUGGAUUGGUGAAGGAUUCAUUCACAAAGAAGACAGAUAUACAGCACAGGAUGUAGGGGAAAGGUGUUUUAAUGACCUCCUCAAUAGGGGUUUGAUCCAACCUGCGGAGACAAAUGAAUAUGGUCAGGUCAAGAGUUGCCGAGUUCAUGACACAAUUCUUGAUUUCAUCAUAUCCAAGUCGAUAGAAGAGAACUUUGUUACUUUACUUGGUGUUCCCAUUCUGGAAAUUGUGACACAAAACAAAGUAAUUCGUCGACUCUCUAUGCAAGGCGUCAUGCAGGGAAAUCCAUUAGUACCAACACCGGAGUUUCAAAAAAAGAAAGUAGCAACAACAGAUCUAGUAUUGUCUCAUGCCCGAUCACUUAAUGUGUUUGGAGAUUCCAUGGAAAUCCCUUCUUUGGAGGAGUUUAGACAUCUGCGUGUUCUCGAUUUGGGAUAUCAACCAUUGGAAGACCAUCAUCUUGAAAAUGUAAUGAAGUUGUUCCAGCUGAGAUACCUGAACCUCCGACGGACAGGAAUAAGUAAACUCCCAGAAGAAAUCGGACGAUUAGGGUGCUUAGAGAUGCUGAACCUAAGAAAUAAUGCUAUGGAGGAGUUACCCGCAUCUGUUGUUAAUCUCAGAAAAUUGACGCAUCUACUUGUUGACUUUGAUGUUAAAUUUCCUGAUGGGAUUGCAAAGAUGGAAGCAUUGGAGACGCUAAAACAUGUCAGUAUCUACAAGCAGCCACUCGACUUCCUAUGGGGCCUUGGACAGCUAAAGAACUUGAGGAACUUAAGGCUAUUUGGCGACAUUGAGUUUGGCACUGAGGUCAUGGAGGAGUGUGACGAAGCUAUCCUCUCUUCCCUGCAUAAACUAGCCACCCAGAACCUUCGCUCUCUGAUUUUGAGUGAGAGUUACAACAUGUGCCUGUUACAGGAACCUUUGAGCCUCGAAAAACUUACUGAGUGCUCUUUGGAAGUCCCGCAGGUUCCGACAUGGGUGAGCUCCCUCAGAAACGUCCAACAGCUACGCCUUAGUGUGGAGAGAGUCGAGCAGAAUGAUCUCUGCAUCCUUGGAGCAUUACCCACUCUGCUCAUUCUGCAUUUGUCAGAAGAAGAAGAUUCAAAGGAAAAGCUCACAGUCGGUGGUGCGGUUGGGUUCCAGUUCUUGCGGGUUUUUAUUUAUAUUGCAAGUUCUCACCCAGUAGAUCUGAAGUUUGUGGCAGGAUUCAUGCCCAAGCUAGAGAAACUUGUGCUUAGGGAUUUGCGUGUACUUGAAGGCGACUCUCUGGACUUUGGAAUCAUCAAGAACCUCCCCUGUCUCAGUACUAUCAAAUGGGUAGUAGACGGGGACAAUGACAUUGUUGAAGCUGCAAACACUGCCAUGGAGAGAGCAGCCUGCGCACAUCCCAACCACCCUACUCUACUCUUCACAGUUGAUAAACUUCCCGGAGAUUUCUGCUCUGGAAGGAUUUACCGAACAAGCCAAAAACCAGGAACGAGGGAGUAGCCACUGCUCGUCGAUCGUCCGGCCAGCCGAUUCUCAAGUUUAUGAGUGUUUAACUCGACCUUAUGUUUUUUAUGAUACACAGCCAAAAACCAGGAACGAGGGAUACUGUAUUAUGUAUGACAUGUAUGUUUUCCAUAUCUUGCAUUUGACCAUAAUUAGUUGACAACAUCUGGAGUCAUGUCAUAAGCACUUCUAUUUUCUGUGGUUGUGCUUUCCCCUCAUCAUACUUAUGCAGUGCACUGUGGUCGGUAUUUCUUGAGCUUUGUACAGAAUCCAGGUUUUCAUUCAGAAAAUGUGUAUGUUGUUUCUCAAUAGGUACUUGCUGAAAUC